CUUCAUCCCGAUCGCCAACGGUCCUUUGCAAACGAACGUAAUCGCACGCGCGCGAGAAAAAAAAAAGAGAGGGAAGACAAGAGAGAAAGAGAGCGACAGAGACAAGAACCUCCCCCGCGUUCUUUCGUUCUCCGAUCGACCGCGAAGUUCGCGCGAACCGGUGAGAGCCGAUCCGCGAGGCAACGAGCGAGACAAGCCAAGAAGAGGAGAUCGCCCGCUGUGCCCGACGCCGACUCGACUUGGCAAGAGUUCCACGUUCACGGAGGAGAGAAAAAUACAUAUCACAAUGAUAAAAUUCACUGUGAUGAUGGUAUGCCUCUUGGGGCUGAAAAUGAUCGCUGCCAUGCCAGUAGCUGAUCAUCACGAGGGCCAUCUUCCGCAGCCAAUUGAGGAUAAGCCCGCAAUCUCCUUGAAGGCGGCGGAGACGGCCGUGCAGAGCAGUGUAUCCGCGGAACCUGCAGCGGCUAGCCAGCCAGCACAACCAGCGGCUGAGCAACCCGCUGCGGUUGACCAAUCUGCCGUGAGGAGCAGUGAAUCUGCUAACGACGAAGCCCAGCCGACCGAGGCAAAGCAGGACGAGCCGUUGCAGCCACAGCAAUCGAAAGCAGCAGUGUCCGCGGAAGCUCAAGCGCAGCCCAAGUCCUCUGAGGAAGUCCUCGAAGAGAAGGAAGAGCCGAAAGUGUUGGCCACCGAGAAGAAACAAGAGCCAGAGACCCUCAAGGAAGCAGCAUCCGAAACAAAGGAGUCUGUACAGCCCGUGUCGCAGGAACAACCGAUUGAAAUCCCAUCCGAAAAGAAAGAGGAAAACAUAGCCGUCGAAGGUAAAAGCGCGGAGGCGGUCGAACCUGCGGCCGAGAAGCCAGUAGCCAUCGAGAAGCGCGCUGACGAUGCUGCUGAGAAAAAGAUCACUGUUAACGAAGAGCCAAAAGAGGAGAAAAAGUUGGAGGAGCCAGCGCAGCCAACUGCGAAGAAAGAAGAGGAAAUUCCCGCAGUUGCCGCUACCGAGGAGAAGAAGAUUGAAACGAAAGCCGAACAACCGAAGGAAUCUGAGGGUCACUCGCUUGCCCACGCCAAGGUCGAUGACAAGCCCGACCGUGUGACCCGUGAUGCCGAGGAAUCUGCUGCGCCCGCCACCGGCGCUGCAGCAGCUCCCGCCGCAGCUGCAGCAGCCCCCGCCGCUCAGGAACCUGCUGCUCCUCAACCGCAGGAAAAAUCCGCUCCCGCCGCUGAAGCCGAGCAAAGCGUAGCGCAAGCAGCCGCACCGGUAGAAGAGCCAAAACCAGCUGAGAAGAGCGAGAAGAUUGAAAAAAGCGAGCAGCUGGAGACAGCACCCGCAGAGCAGCCAGCUGUCAAGGUCGAGGAACCAGUCAAAAGCGAGGAGAAGGCAGCUGAAAUAGCUUCUGAGAAGGAAGCUGAGAAGGAACCGAAGAGCGCCGACUCUCCUAUCCAGCAAGCGGAAGCGGCUAAGGAACAACAGCCCGCGCAGCCUCAGGAGUCUAGCCAGAUUAAGCGAGAUGCGGCGGAAGCACCGGAACAAUCUCAGGCCAAGUCGGACCUUCCGGCCGCUGAAGAGCAACAGCAGCAACAGCAGCUGGCCCAGCAGCAACCACAACAGCAACAACAGGAACCUGCUAAAGAGGUGAAGGAACGCUCUGACGAUUCCUCCGAAGAGAAAUCCUCCGAGGACAGCAAGGAGGACACCAAGAGCAGCGAGGAGGAAAAGUCUUCCGAAGAGCAAAAGAAUGCCAAACCGAAGCUGGGGGAAUUGCUCCCGAAACCCGAGCAGUAAAUCUCGGCACGGGGAGGGUUUGAUUGAUGAGUAACCUCAGCAGCGCGGCAGCAACAGCAGCAGCAGCAUCAUCUCGAGGAGAAGAAGAAAGAAGGGAAGUGUUCCUCGGGACGAUCUCAGGCAUCGAUGUCUCUAGCCACCGGGACGUGGGCACGAGUUCGUUGCGAGAAAACAGGAGCGGAAGCGAGAAAGAAAGAUGUAUGUGUGCGUGUGUGUGUGUACGUGUGUGCAUACGUGUGUAUGUUGUGAAAGAGCGAGAAUAAGAAUGACAGAAUAAGAAGCACUCUCAGCGAUAAAUCCAGAAA